GAAUCAAGUGGAGUUGUCAUACUCUGACCUGACUGACAAACAAACAAAGUACUGCGCACACUUCACAAUCAUUGUCUUCCUCCCUCCGCUGCUCGGCAAAAAAUCCCCAACAAUGGAAAAGGUUAUACUCCAACCUUUAAUCGCCGCCAUAAUCGCUGCUCUAAUCGCAAUUAGAUCUUACAGACGAAACUCACUCAACUUGUCUGGCGCCAUCGCCGGCUUCUUCGUCAUGUUCAUCCAUUUUGCUGUCGGUUACAGGUACGGAGCCAUGUUACUCGCCUUCUUCUUGAGUUCGUCCAAGUUAACGAAGGUUGGAGAAGAGAAGAAACGGCGAAUUGAUGCUGAUUUCAAAGAGGGUGGACAAAGAAAUUGGAUACAGGUUCUUUUUAAUAGCGGCAUUGCUACAGUUUUGGCUGUGAUAAUUUGGAAAUAUACUGGUUGGGAAGACAAGUGUUUGGACUCGAAAGACUCGGCUCUUAUCACAUCUCUUAUAGGUGGAAUCAUUGGUCACUAUUGCUGUUGCAAUGGGGAUACUUGGUCUUCUGAACUUGGUGUACUUAGUGAUGCACAGCCUCGAUUGAUUACUACUUUUAAGACGGUUCGAAGGGGAACCAAUGGUGGUGUGACAAUGGCAGGCCUCCUCGCAGCUGCGGCAGCAGGAAGCGUUAUUGGACUCACUCAUGUUGUCUUCGGAUUUUUCACUACACAAUGUACAUAUGAUGUAGCUCUCAAACAGCUUUUGGUUAUACCCCUUUCUGCAUUAGCAGGAUUAUGUGGAAGUCUCAUAGAUUCCUUAUUGGGAGCCACAGUGCAGUUUAGUGGGUUCUGCACCGUUCGUAAUAAAGUUGUCGGUAAACCAGGACCAACCGUGAAGAAGAUUUCCGGCCUCAGCAUUCUUGACAACAAUGGUGUGAACCUUGUUUCAGUAAUGCUGACCACAUUGUUGACUUCCAUGGCAUGUGUCUACAUUUUCUGAACUCAUAUUUUCAAUCGAAUAAUGUUUAGAACUUAGAAGUGUAACAAAUUCAAGUUCCGGACAGUGCAGCAACUGAUAGCAUAGAGGUUGUACCAUAUAACUUUGUUAAAAUCUCAUGCUGUUGAUGGAGCUUUUGGCGGAUAGAAUAGUAUGUGAUGAACAGACAUUACAAAUCUGAGUUAUUGGGUGGGUUUAUAGAUGAA